AACAAUAGCAAUGCAUAAUUUGUCUCAUGCCGAAACAGGACCUUAAAGGUGGACUAUCUUCAGGGCGGCCACCGCUGGCUCAACACCUCAAAAGAUCUCUGCCGUCCAAAGCUACUAGGGCAAUUAUCCGAACCCAUCAUCAACUGAAUAAAGAACUUGCUCAAGCAAUCAAGUCAGGAGAUAAAGGCAAGGCGGAAGCGUUACAUCGCGAAAUUGAGAAACGCGGUGGUCUCAAAACGUACCAAGUUGCUAGCAUCACAGGUCAAUCACUUGCUCGAGGCGGCGACAGCUCAAAAGUGCUCAUGCAAUGGCUUCAGAAGUACGAGCUCCGUCGCAAGAACGAUAGACUUCGAAUGCUAGAAGUCGGGGCUCUCUCAACGAGCAAUGCGUGCUCCAGAUCCGGCUUGUUCGACAUGACGUGGAUUGAUCUCAAUUCGCAAGACCCAAAGAUUCAGCAACAGGACUUCAUGAAACGUCCUCUGCCUGUCUCCGAAGCAGAAAGUUUUGAUAUUAUAUCUCUUUCUUUGGUUAUCAACUACGUACCAGAGCCUGAAGCUCGAGGGGACAUGCUACGUCGGACGUGUAAUUUCCUAAGAUUUAGCCUGGAACGAAUCCUGCCUCUGUUGUUCUUUGUGCUACCUGCUCCAUGCAUCACAAACUCGCGAUAUUUAAGCGAACGACGGCUCGAAGAUAUAAUGGACAGCCUUGGAUUCAAGAAGUUGGAACAGAAGAUUUCAGCUAAGCUGUACUACUCUCUAUGGGUGCUCAGCCCACGGGUCGAGACCAAAGCAAGAUCAUUCCCUAAAGUUGAGGUCAAUCCAGGACGAACAAGAAAUAAUUUUAGCAUUGUGUUACACUAAACAAGAGAUUUCGACAUUGCCUUCAUUCCAACUUCCUAUCCUUCGUUCGAUCGCAACGUAGAGCAAUGAAGUCCAUCGCACAUUCUAGCUUACAAAAGAGGAUAAUUGGAAGGUUGAAAGCAUCUAAUUUUCGCUUUUGUACUGCUCUCUUAAAUGUUUGACUGUAAUUGUUCAUAAAUCAUUUGAAGUAUUCUAUGGAGAUGGUUGGAUCCUGAUAGCAGAUUUCGUGUCCUU